AUGGCGCCCUGUGCACGGUUCUAUUAUUUUGCUUAUGGAAGCAAUCUGCUAAACCAACGCAUCAUUCUUUCCAACCCGACUGCGUUGUUCGUCGGUGUGGGAAGGCUAGCCAAUCACCGUGUAGCAUUUCGCUCACGUGACGAGGCAUGCGCGUGGGGGCCCCACAGUGCCACAGCCACCAUUGAACCAAGUGUCGAUGAUUGCGUCUACGGUGCUGUCUGGACACUGGCGCUCGAUAACAUGGGGACCCUAGAUAAGCAGGAGGGUGUGCCUAGGCUUUAUCGACCUCUGGAAGUUACCGUUACCGUUCCCUCUCGUGGAAAUGAGUCUAUUGUCUGCCGAACGUACAAGAUGCUUAAUGCCACUCCUGGACUUCCAUCGCCGUACUACCUAGACAUUAUUUUACGUGGUGCCGUUCAAUCGGGUUUACCGCAGGAGUACAUUGCUGAACUGCGAAAGCAUUCAUGCAACGACUACCUGGGCAAAUGCAGCGUCUACGGGGAGUGCUUAUCUCUUAUGCCGGACGAUGAAAUGCGCAAGUUCGAAGUCGAUAAACUAAGGAUCUUUUUUGAAUCGAGGGAGCCUUCAUUUUAA